ACCUGCCGUCAGGGGGCUCCUGCGCAUGGAGCCGGGGCAGGAGGGGACUCAGGCAGGGCCCCACGUUGGCUCCCUCCUCCCGCCCUUGUCUUCCCCUGUGUUUCUACCUUGAAACCCUGCCCUUUCUCUUUUCUCCGUGGUCUUUCCCACUUCAGUGCUCUUUCCCUCUCACGCCCCUCCCUGAUUUCGUCACCCUUGUCUUCACUCUGGUCCUCUUCGCUCCCUUCAUGAAUUCAUGUGCUCCUUCAGUGGGCUUUUCCUGAGCUCAUCCUUUCUGCUUGGUCUCCCUGGGGAUGCUGAUGGGAGUCUGACCCGGGCCCUGCCCACUGGGGGCUGCAAGUCCAGGCAGAGCCUGGGAUGGUGGGGACAAAGACGGACUGUGACAGGGGGGGGGGGGGGGGGAGGGUGCUUAGGGGCUUCUCGAAGGCCAAGGAAAGGCCAUCCAGGCAGAGGGACCCAAAGGUGGAGGUGUGGAAAGCCUGGAGGUUUUCAGGGGAUGGAGGACAGUGCUUUGUGGUGGAAUGCAGAAUGCAGGGGUGGUGGGGCAUGAGGAUGGAGAAGCAGGUGGGAGCAACGGCCCAACGGUCACAGGGACUCUCUCCUGAGGGCAGUGGGGAGCUAGGAGGAGGUUGGGAGCUGGGGAGGGACAACGCCAGUUCCAGGUGCCAGAAAGACCCCUCUGGGGCAUGCAGGGAGGCCCAAAGGGAGAGAGGAGCUUGGCAACGCAAGGGGUGCAACUGGGACCAGGGCGUGAGGUGGGAAAGAGGGAAGGAGCCAGAAAGAUUUGGGGGGAGAGGGCAGAAGGAACCAGACUCAGGGAUUCAAGGGCUUUGUGGAGUGACGGGCAAGAGGGAGCAAGGAUAGUGCCCAGGGGAGCGGCACAACCAACCAGGUGGGAUGGUGGAGUCAUCCCUGGUUUGGUGGAAGAUGCUGAGCUCGGCCAGGAUAUGGCUGUCGGGGGUCUGGGAGAGGGACCCAGUGAGGAAGCUCCUCUGGUGAGAAGGGGCAGGAUGGAGGUUCCAGGGAAACGGGCACAAAGUGGAGGGAGGAGGAGGAGCAGGGGCUUGUGUGGGGACCUAAGGGGGCACAGUUGGGAGAGCUGGGGACCUGCAGAGCUUAUGAGAUCAAGGGAAGCGUUUUCACAAGGUUAUGAUCUACUAUGUCAUGGCCUUUCAGCUCCCCACACACCUGCCAUCUGACUGAGCUGUCUCUGUGUUAGAGGAGUUGCUUAGGUGUGUGCGUAUGUGUGUGUAUGUGGGUGGGUGGGCGGUUAUCUCUUUAAAUGGCUGAUGGGAGAGGGGAUUCUGGAACUCCUCCUGCCUCACAGAGACCCAGUCUCCCUUCCCCCACCCCUCUGGACUCUGUGUCUGAGAAGCCCUGGGAGCUGGGUGUGAGUCACUCAGGUGGGUGUGUGUAUGGGGGUGGGGAGGGCACUGGACAGGCUAAAGGGACAUUCCACUGGUGAAACACAGGGUCUCUAAGCAGUGAUUCCUUGGGGGUGAGGUCUCAAGGCCCCCAAUAGGAGCAGUAGGUGAUGAAGGUGUUGGGUUUGGGGAGGGCCUGAAGGAGGGGUCCCCAGACAGCGGUGCUCGGGUGCAGUCAGACAUGGAGGGACAUGUGGGAGGGGGUCUCGAGGACCAGGAGAGGACCCAGGAGAGGGGUCUGGGGAUGGGAGGGGUGUUGGCGAAUCUUGAGUGUGUGGCCCUCGGCAGCAGCCUCCCUGGCAUGGGGGUGAAGCGGAGCCUUCAGAGCGGGGGCACCUUGCUGGGCUUCUUGGCCCAAAUCCUCACGAUUCUCUCCACUGCCACCAACUACUGGAUCCGCUACCCCGGGGGCCACAGUGGCUUGUGGCAGGAGUGUAACGGCGGCACCUGCUCCAACAUCCCCUGCCAGACCAUGCUGGCGGUGACCGGGGCGUGCAUGGUGCUGGCGGCGGGCUCCGGCAUCGUGGGUUUGGUGAUGGGGCUGCGGAUUCUGUGCCACGAGGGCGACUCGCGGGGCCAGACUACGAGCGGCAUCUUCUUCCUUUACGGCUUGCUGCUGCUGAUCGCCUUGACAGGCUACACCGUGAAGAACGCGUGGAAAAACGACGUCUUCUUCUCGUGGUCCUAUUUUUCGGGGUGGCUGGCUUUACCCUUCUCUAUUCUCGCGGGUAACCUGGGCAGCGGGAAGAGGGUGGAGGAGACUGCCCAGAGGAUCCCCUUCCCCGCAGACUCCCAGCCGCCCUCCCAGGGACUCCUCAAUACACUCCGCUCCCGACUCCCGCAGACCCGGCAGGGGCGCCCUUGGGGCCCCAAACCCCAGUCCCCGGGGCGCUCCCGGCCAUCUGCCCCAGGACCCACCGUCCCCCACCCGCCCUCCGCUCCGCUCCCGCCAGGCUUCUGCUUUCUGCUGGCGGACAUGAUCAUGCAGAGCACCGAUGCCAUCAGUGGAUUCCCCGUGUGCUUGUGACCGCAGCCUGGGGCAGAAUAAAGGAACGGCUUUCACC